CAAACAUGUCUGUCAACGAAUGCAGCCCUAUUUGGGUUCCGAGCUAGACGCGAACUCUGCAGCCUGCGCUCCCUUGCCCUCCGCCCUCCAGCCCAACUCUAGGUGUCCUUCACAGUCCUUUAGAGUUCGAUAUGGCUUCUCUUGAGAGCGCAGAUUUGGAGUCACCUGCAGGUGGAAACGGGACUUUCCAUGUGCUGAAUCGGGUAGGACAAAGCCCCAGCCACACGGCCGUCCACACGAUCCGGUACGAGUCGACAAUGCGCUCGCACAGUUCCGGGUUCGGGAUCGAAGGCCAGACCACAGCGUCGCAGCCCGACCUCCCGGCGACCACGUCCAUCGACCUCUCCACAGACAGCCGCACCCUCAAGCGCGACUCCGCGGACGACGGAGACUCGCGCUUCCAGUCCCUCGACCGUUCCUCGACCAAUCCUGCCGUCAAAGGCGUCGAGGCCGCGCCAGUAGUGAACCUCUUAGACGCUGCGGGGCAUGGCGACGCGGAUAUGGAGAAGAAUAGGUUGUCGGGUUUGUCCGCGACGGGGACGAUGGAGAGCGCGAACCCCGAGGCGGGCUUGCCGGAGAAAGAGAUGGCGGCGGCGCAGGGGAAGAACCCGCCCCAGUUUUUGACGGGGAUCAGGCUUUGGAUGCUCUUCGGAUCGAUGGUCCUGACCGUGUUCUUGACGAGUCUCGACGGUACGAUCGUCGCCACAGCCCUCCCGCGCAUCGUCUCUCAGUUCGAUGCGCUCCACGACGCGACUUGGGUCGCCGUCGCCUACAUGCUCACCCGGACGGCCCUCAUGCUCGUCAUCGGCCAGCUCGUCAACGUCGUCCCGCUCAAGACGCUCUACCUCUUCUGCAUCGUCUUCUUCGAGGGCGGCUCCGCCCUCUGCGGUGCGGCGCCGAAUAUCAACGCGCUCAUCAUCGGGCGGGCGAUUGCAGGGAUCGGAUCGUCAGGAAUUACCGUCUGCUACAUCGCGGCGAUCGUCAGCUUUACGUCUCUGACGCUGCGGCCGAUGCUCCUCGCGGGUCUGUCCGUCGUUCUGGCGGUGUCGACGAUUUGCGGACCGUUGCUUGGCGGAGCAUUUACAGACCACGUCUCCUGGCGCUGGUGUUUCUACAUUAACCUCCCGUUCGGCGGCCUCGCUGUCGUGGCCAUGUUCCUCUGCAUGCCCAGCAGGCCCGCCCCAAUGGGUGCAGACAAGCCGCUCUUCACCCGGCUCCGAACGGGGAUCGACUGGCUCGGGUGCGUGCUGACGGUCAGCCUGACGACGUGUCUCCUGCUCGCGAUGCAGUGGGGCGGAGUCACGUACGCGUGGGACAGCGGGACGGUCAUUGCGCUGUUUGUCGUGUUUGCGGUGCUUUUGAUAGGGUUGUGUUUCUGGCAGCGCUACUUCGGGAAGCGGUCGUUGGUACCGCCGACGAUGUUGACGAGGCGGACGCAGGUGUUUGCGAGCUUGGAGACGUGCUUCUUGCAGUCGGCGUUGACUAUCGCUGUGUACUAUCUCCCGGAAAUGUACCAGAUCAAAGGAAGCAGCCCUGUCGGCGCAGGCGUGAAAGUUAUGGCGUUUAUGCUCGCGUACCUCAUCGCGUCUGUCCUUGCGUCCAUUGUCGUCUCCCGCGUCGGGUACUACAAGCCAUUCCUCGUCUUCGCGCCGCUAAUCGCUGUGCCUGGUGCGGUUCUGAUGUGGCGCUCGGACGCGGGUACUUCGACGGGGCAUCUUAUUGGAUACCAGAUCCUCAUGGGGGCCGGUAUUGGGGGCGCGUUCUCUUCGACUAGCGUCUCCAUCCAGAGCGACUGGCAAGACGUCACACGCAGGAGCACGCUUGCUACGACAAUCUCCACGUUCAUGGGCUUCAUCGGCGGUAUCAUCGGUCUCAGGUACGUCGUUUGUCUCGACCUUUACGAAUCUCUUCUCUUCUCACCGAACCCUCGCAGUCUCGCAGGAACCUUGUUCGACAACAGCCUCGGGACGCAUCUGGCCCAGGUCCCCGGCCUAACCGACACGCUCCGCACAGAAGUCGCGGAGAGCAUUGAGAUUAUCGCGUUACUGCCUGAGCCCCUCCGCGGCGAAGUCAUCGACGCUGCCAUUUCUGCUAUCAAACCGACGUGGCUACUCGUCCUGGGCUGUGUCAUACUCGGAAGUCUCUGCGGAGUGCUGGUGAAGAACCACAAUAUCAAGGAGCGGGCGAAGCUGCAGCCGCAAGAGUAGAUAACAAUACGGAGUGGGGUCUCCUCGUGUUCAAGUUGUGGACUUGGAAGUCGAGCUUGCUUUGUUGGUCUGUGCGAGAUUGCGGACUACUACUACUUGCAUGGAUAUAGUAUUGAAUCAGCGUUAAUACUUAAAGGAGUUCGUUCUUGCCUC